GGUCUGUCUAUUGUUCGUAGCAGACAUUCAAGCUUGCGGGCAAGAAUCCAAGUGAACAGCUGAUUCACGAUUGCGCCAAAUCAGAUUUCAACACUCAAAAUGGCGAACCCAAGAAUCGAAGAAGUCGACGAUGACAAUUUCGCCGACGAUCCGGAAGAGAUGGACUUAGAUGCCUUCGACUUCGCGCGGCCGCAAAAAGGAAACCUAGGUCCCACGAGACCUGCCGACGGCGACGACGACGACGACGACGACGACGAUGACGACGACGACGAUGACGACGACGAUGACGGCGCGACAGGAUUGUCACCUCAGGAUAUGCAAAAACUCUUACAGAACUCACAAGCCGCGGGCAAUCUUCCACGCUUUUCCGAGGCCGAUCGCGAACGACUACAGCGCGAACAGCAAGCAGCGAGCAAGCACUUCCAAUGCAUAUACCCUGUAUACUUCGACAGCUCACGGAGUAGGGAGGACGGACGACGAGUGAGCAAAGGCGAUGCAACCGCGAACCCAUUGGCGCGAGAUAUCGUCGAUGCGCUCCAGCAUAUCGGUCAGACAAAGGGCGUACCACUGCAGAUUGUUUUCGAGCCUACCAAGACUCAUCCGAAAGACUGGGCGAACCCGGGUCGCGUGAAGGUCCUGAUCAAGAAAGACGGUGCACCUAUCAGUUCUAAGAUUCAAAACAAAUCUUACCUCUACAAGUUGAUCGCUGCAUACCUCAAAUCACAUCCCACAACAACAGCGUCGCCGAUGCGCUUCCGGAUCCAGGGCAUGCCCAUGCCCAAGGACGGCAAGAUCCUUCCACCCGCCAUCCCUCGAGGAUCCAAAAUCGGCCAGAUUCUCCCGCUUCAUUCGCCGGCGUUAUCCGGCGGCGGUGUGUCGGACAAUUUCUUGCAGGAUGUUAUGAAUGAGAUGGGUGGGCAGUUGCCUCCAGGGAUCAAUCCGGAUAUGCUGAGUGCGCUUGGCGGCGGGAUGGGUGGAAUGGGCGGAAUGGGAGGCGGCGGAGCUGGUGGGAGCGUCAAGAAAGUCAAAGAGAAGAAGAAGAAAUGAGACAUCGAGAGGUCUGUCAAAUUUUAUGCUGGAGGAUGCAUCGAAGAGGAACAUUUUCAUGGCCUCUUGCUGAGAUGGCUCUCGUUGUACAGCGAAUGACGCGGUACAAAUCUUUGCGUCUACACCUGUGCAGCUUGCACAAUGCUUUCAGCGUGGUCUAGUAAGUCAGGCGUACAUGAUCACGACCAGGGGGCUCGUCUUCAUUCUGGACCGGUUUUGAGCAUCUUGGAAGUCGGGAUGGAAAUAUGGCGAACAUGUAGGGAUACGAUAGUGCAUCUAUCCCGGAGAUCGGGUACAUCUCGUGUGGCAUCGCCUCUGUCAUUACCAUGCAAGGGUUACGGUUGCAGACAUUGGCCAUUCUGUAGUUUUGUCUGGCGUGAAGGCGCAUACAUCUCGACAAGUCAAAAAUACUCUUCAUUCUGUUCCUAUCGUGUAACAAGUUUAGCGGGGUACGUG